GCUGCUAUGCCAACAGCAGCUGGUGCGCUGCCUCCUACUCCAAAUGGCAGGGAAACUGAGGCGCUAAUACCUUAAGACCAACCUUUUCCUACGUGCUUGACUUGCCGAACAGUAGCCCACUUCUUCGAGACUUCUCCUUAGAGUGUGAAAUCUAAUCUAAGAGUGUUAGUGCAUUUUGCUGCUGGAAUGAUGACUACUCUAGAAGGUGAUUAAUAAUUGUUUUGAGUUACUCAUACGCUUAGCUAUCUGUUGUUCAGCCAUUAGAUCUACUUACAUCACUUAUUUCUGUUGACAAAUUUAGGCAAAGUGCCAAGAUGUUGCAAGGGAGUUCAGAUAUCUGACUCCCAGUGCUCCAAUUAUGCUGUUAAUCAGUGAAAAGGCCUGAAGGAGAAUACAGUUUAUCCGCAUGAUAGAUAUUUUUGUACCACACUGCCUCUACCUAAGUUUAGAGUUUGAUUCUGUGCUACUGAAAUCAAUGAAAAUGCUACUGACUUUGGUGGGGGCGAAAAUUUAGGCUAACAAGGUAACCUGUGCCAGAGCAAUGCUAUACUUACACAGGGAACAACACAGGAUGACUAACACAUUGUAUAAAGAACUGGUUUUGUUGUUGUAGCAGCUUUAAUUUUGACAUGAGCUCGUCAUGAAGCUGACUUGUGCAGCUCAGUCAAGAGCAAUUACACACCAUGCUUAAUUGGUGAAGGCUCUGGUGCCCUCACCACGGUAUGCCACGGUAAGCCGAGUCCUCAGGCAGCAGUGGGAGCAUGGCCAUGUGGAGCAGCUGGAAAGUGAUGGCUGACAGCUUGUUCGCCCAAGUGAGAAGCCCCCCUGGUGAUGCGCUUGAAGAUGUGAUAGAUGAAAGAGUUUGUGAUGCCCACAGUUUUGGAAGAGAGCCAGUGCUGGGGUGGAACUGCUCCAGCAUUUGCAUAUGUAGAUGGAGUAGCUCUGCUUUCCUGCUCUUGCCAUGCUUCUUGACAUCUUUCUUCUGGGUCUUAUUCAUGGCUUCUUUUGGUCCAUUUUCUGAGGCUGGAGGGGACACGGCUGUUUCACGUUUUUGAGUAUUUCUUUGUUUCUGACAAACAGAGGCUAAGGAUUCCUGCUGAUACAAGGCUCGCUCUCAGAAGUUACUCUGAACACGUUGGGUUGGUUCCUAUAAAGCUGUCACCCUGAUGAUUCUUUGACUCAUCACUUAUUUACUCUCUCUGAAAUGUUACUGAACUGGCUAAUGCCCUUUUAUUAUUCCUCACUAGCUGUCAAGAAGCAGCAAAAUUACACUAGUGUACAUGAGGCAGUGAAAGCUGGUGAUGUAGAACAACUUGCGUCAAUGAUAAAAAGCGGAGCUGGUAUUAACGAGGUGGAUUUAGUCCACAAGUUCACACCUUUGCACUGUGCUGCACACUCUGGAAGUCUGGAGUCCUUAAAGCUUUCCAUGGAAAGCAAUAACUUGUGGUGGAAAAAGGUGAAUAAAGCUAAGCUAAGCUGUGAAAGGAUGAGAAGAGAGGUGGGAUUACAUGCACCCCAAGGAGCCUAAUAACUGAAAUGAGGCAUUACAUUUGGUUCAUGGUGUUUUUCCUGCUGGUAAUUUUAGCUGGAAUUCAAGGGAGCAUGUUUGCACCAUUUUUCCAAUGCUUUUACCUCAUGCCAUAUAUAUGUUCUCACAGAUUACAUUUUAAAUCUGGAAGAGUAAAAUUAAGAAGCCAUUCUGUAAAAUCAGUGCUAGGGUCUGAGUUAGUUGUUAUUUGUGCUUUUGUACCCUCGGAUGAGGCUUUGAAACUGUCUAACUCACCUGCUAGUGCAUGCUCUGAGGUGUCAUGUUUCCAUAAAGAAGUAUUCUGAUGCAGUUUUGACAUAUAACGUCUACUGUUAACUUACAGCUAAAAUGUGCCUCAGACACGUGGUAAGAAUAGUUAAAUAACAAGAGUUUGUUUUUGGUUGAGCAGUGUCUUCACUGGUUGCUCUGGCACGGAGCUGACAUAACCCAGGUAACUGUCAGAGGCUGGACUGCAGCACACCUUGCGGCUAUCCGAGGACAGGAUGCUUGCAUGCAGGCUUUGUUAAUAAAUGGAGCAAACCUAGAAGCUCGAGACGACCGCGGGUGCACUCCGUCACACUUAGCUGCAGCCCAUGGGCAGUCGUACACUUUACAAACCAUGCUGCAAAGUGGAGCGAAUGCAAAUGUUUCAGACAGGAACGACUGGAAGCCUGUUCAUUAUGCUGCUUUUCAUGGUCGCUUGGGGUGUUUGCAGCUUCUUGUUAGAUGGGGAGCAUGUAUAGAUGAUGUGGAUAACAAUGGAAACCUUCCAGCACAUCUGGCAGCAAUGGAAGGACACCUGCAUUGCUUUAAGUUCUUGGUCAGUAAAAUGGCCAGUGUCGUGCACACGCUGAAAGCCAGGAAUGACCAUGGAGAGACUCCAAGGGACUUGGCUGAGCGCUUCUAUAAGGAUAAUAUUCUGCAAUAUAUUAAUGGUGUGGAAAAAGAGGGGGAGCAUUCAGAGACACAGGAAGUUUUAGCUUUCCCAGCCCAUAGCGCUGCUUUCAAAGGGGACUUGUUGGUACUUAGAAAAUUAGUGAAAAGUGGAGUAAUCAAUAUUAAUGAGCGGGAUGAUAAGGGAUCCACUCUCAUGCACAAAGCUGCCGCACAGGGGCACGUCCAUUGCUUACAGUGGUUGCUUGAAAUAGGAGCUGACUGUGACAUUACAGAUGAUGCUGGAGAGACUCCAAAGGAUGUAGCCAAGAGAUUUGCCCAACUGGCAGCUGUGGAACUUUUGACACAAAGAACUGGAGACAGUAACUCCAGUGAUGAAGAACUAGAUGCAAACAAUGCACAAUUUUUUGAAAGACAUGGUGUGGAAGGGAGUACGGAUAGCAAAGAAGAUUUAAUCCUGGAUAAAGCAGAGAAAAGGAACGCACGCAAUCCCUGUUUUACAGUAAGGGCCUAUCGCAAGAUUCAAGAACUUCAGCAUCUUCUAGAAAUUGCCUACAGCAACUACAGACAACUGGGAGGAAUAACGGAGGAGGAGAAGAAGAUGAAAAAAGAACAAAGGGAGGUUGAGAAGGCUGUGCAGGAGCUGGAGGCUCAGCUGGAAUACGAGCGAGUCAGGCGGGAGAAGCUGGAGAGCCAGCUGGAUGACUACCGUGCUGAGAUAGGCCACCUGAGAGAGAGCCUGGAGAAAACCCACACCCCGCCUGCUCUCCCCCUGGAAGCUGGAACUAUCUCCAGUUCUGGCAAAGAGAAAAAGAAAGUAAAGAAGAAACCAGCCUGCAACUCUGGCGGAGUGUUUGUGAGACUGCGCUGAGGACUGAACCUCAGACGAGGGGCUGGCAGACUUGAGGAGGUAGAGUGGCAAUAUUCUACGCAGUGCAAAGUGUUUGCAUAGCCCAGUUCCACAGAUGAGCUGUGGUUCACUGAAUUUCAUUGAACUAUUCUCCUAGUUCUCUGGCCUAGAAUAUACUUUUAAAUCACUGCAACAGCAUAAAAACAAAAACAACA